CCUCCUCCUCCUCCUCCUCCUCCCUCUCCAGGUGGCCUUCUCGUCGAUCGUAUGCAUGAGAUCUGCGGCUCGAGCGCUGGGCGCUCUCGCGUCAAACGCUGGUGCGCCCCCUGCGCGCUGUCUGGUAGCAGCACGCGCCGUCUUCGUCGCUAGCCUCCUCUUCCUCCGCAGCUGCCUUGGCUCAGAACCCUUGUUUUUUCCAUCCUGUUCUCGGUACCGCCCGCCAUGCGCGUCGUCUACGUCACGCUGGAGUUUGUGCACCCGUUCAGCGGAAACGGUACCGCCUCGCAGAGCUUUGUGCGGUCGUUGCUGCGACUCGGGGACCACGUGUGCGUCGUGUGCGCAGUGCCCGCCGAGGAGGCGGCGACGGGUGACACUGCUGCGCCGCGACCCGUGGACGGGGCCGGCUUGGGCUGGCUCGAGGAUUGGUCCGCGCGGCUGACAGGCAUCUGCCUCCCCGUGGACACCUGGCGCCGCCACGGCCGCGACUCCCCCUGGCUGCAGUUUGCGAAUGCCGCUGGCGGAGAGGCCGCCCAGGAGGCCGUCUCGAAGUUCGCCGCAGCUGGCAAGGUCGACGCCGUGGUCGGCGUGGACUGGGAGGCAACCGCGGCGGCGGAGAAGCUCACACAGGGAGUCGGCGGUGCGGCUGCAGCAGUGCCGCCAGGAACCCCCUACGUCUACUACAACUACCGCGUCUACUUCGAGAACACUGGCAACUCGGAGGACGACGUUGCGUUCUACCGCCGGCAGGAGUCCCUUGCCGUGGCGGCGUCAGGCGCCGCGUGCUGCAUCUGCCUGUGCCAGAGCGACCGGGAGAAGCUGCGGGCCGCCUUCGGCGCCAACCCGCACGUGCUGCUCCCCGCCCUGCGCGACGAGGUGCAGCAGCUGGCGGCGGCCGUGGCGGCGGACGUCCCGCGGAGGUACUUGCUGUGCUGCGUGCGUGUCGUCCCCGAGAAGAACGUGGCCGUCUUCGCCGAGGCCGUAGGGCUGCUGGGCCCGGAGUGGCUGCGGAGCCGUGGGCUGGUGCCCUGCAUGGUGGGCGCCGCGGCCAGCGCCGAGUUUGCGGCCGCCGUGAGGGGCUCUCUGAAGCAGGCGUGUGCCUUCGCGGAGACGGACGACUUCUUGGCCACCGGGCAGCUCGCGGCGCUGAUGUCCCAGAGCGUGCUGAACGUGCACCCCGCGCUGAACGAGGCGUUCGGCAUGACCAUCGUCGAGGCCGCGGCGAUGGGCUGCCCAAGCCUGGUGCACCGCUCGGAGAUCGGGGCAACGGACCUCCUGGAGCCUGGGCGGGAGGUGCUCACCUGCGACAUGUCCAGUGCGUCCUGCAUCGCGUCCCGUCUGCGAGAGCUCUUCGACGACGGCGACGGUGGCCAGCAUAUUCGGCAGGUGGCUGCGCAAGCUCGAGAGAAGGCGCUAGCGUAUGACGAGAUGGAGAACGGCCGGCUUCUGAGAGACAUUUUGUUGGACCCGCAGCCGCCACAGAGAGGGUGAGAUUUGGAAACGGCUAUAAAUUCAUGCUGCUCCUCCUCCUCCUCCUCCUCCUCCUCCUCCUCCU